CGGCCGUCGAGCGGCGGCUCCGAAGGCCGAGAAAUUCCACCGUCUUCAGCGCUUGGCUUGGAAGAUGGAACCCGGGCCCGACGGGGCGCCGCUGGCUGGCCUGGCCUGGUCCUCGGCCUCGGCGCCCCCGCCGCGGGGAUUCAGUGCGAUAUCCUGCACUGUGGAGGGGGCUCCCGCCAGCUUCGGCAAGAGCUUCGCGCAGAAAUCUGGCUACUUCCUGUGUCUCAGCACCUUGGGCAGCCUGGAGAAUCCGCAGGAGAACGUGGUGACCGAUAUCCAAGUCCUGGUGGACAAGAGCCCCCUCCCGCCGGGCUUCUCCCCGGUCUGCGACCCCCUGGACUCCAAGGCCUCUGUGUCCAAGAAGAAACGCAUGUGUGUGAAGUUGGUGCCCCUGGGGGCCGCAGACACGGCCGUGUUUGACAUUCGGCUGAGCGGGAAGACCAAGACGGUGCCUGGAUACCUUCGAGUUGGGGACAUGGGUGGCUUUGCCAUCUGGUGCAAGAAGGCAAAGGCCCCUCGGCCAGUGCCCAAGCCCCGAGGUCUCAGCCGGGACAUGCAGGGCCUCUCCUUGGACCCACCAGGCCAGCCCAGCAAGGGACGCUUCCCGGAGGGGACGUUGUCGAGACUGGGCUCGCGCGCCUCCACCCUGCGGAGGAGUGACUCCAUCUAUGAGGCUUCCAACCUCUACGGCAUCUCAGCCAUGGAUGGGGUUCCCUUCACGCUGCACCCCCGAUUCGAGGGCAAAAGCUGCGGCCCUCUGGCCUUUUCUGCCUUUGCUGAUCUUACCAUCAAGUCGCUGGCAGACAUCGAAGAGGAGUACAACUACGGCUUCGUGGUGGAGAAGACAGCAGCUGCCCGCCUGCCCCCCAGCGUGUCGUAGCCCCUUUGCCACUCCAGGGAAGCAUCUGCUCCCCGCACCGCGGGACUGGCAGCUGCCCCGCCCUAGCCCGUUUUGGGGACCUUGGCGGCGCAGGGCAUUCUGGACCCUCAGCCACCUGGGAGGCUGCCACCAUGGAGGAGGUGGACCUGGCUGCUUGGUGACAGGCCUCCUGCCCCAGUCCCUGCAGGGCAGGGGUGGGGGUGAGAUGGAAACCAGUGCCUUCAAGUCAUUUGUGUCAAAACUCUCUGGUGCCCGGAGGCCACAUGGCUGUCCUCUUAGCAAUAAACACUGUGCUGUCUGUCAUCUGGAGUCCUGAUCCUGGCCCUGGGUGUGGCUCGUGGCCUUCACCUUGUGCAAGCCGGGCAGCCGUGCGCCCAAAAACACGUGAAAUCCUGGAGGGAGGUUGCGCUGUCACUGCUUGUAUCCUGCAGAACGGGAAACUGAGGCUCGGCGAGGGCCUGGCCCAGGAUUCUAUACCGCAAAGAAGACCCUGUCCUGCUCCUCUGGCCUUGUGCAAAACAGUAGUAACAGCUACUAUUUAUCCCGGGGACCAUGUGUCCGACACCUGAGACAGGGUUUCUCAUUUAACCUGCCCGCACAGCCCAGUGGGAAGCCUGUGUUUUGUCAUCAUUUUACAGAUAGGGAAACUGAGGCAGGGAACUGCUAAGGUCCCAGCUGGGAUUAGAACCCAGAGCCUGCUCUCAACCAGGAAGCUGCUGUGUGCAUCCCUUUCCCUCCACUGUGCUACGGGUGCAUGCGCAUGCGGUCGACCUUCACUCUUUGCAGUAGUUCCGUUUCAUGAAGCUGUGGCAAAGAGUUGAAUCAGGGAGUACUGGACUCUUUGGCGGAACGGCUGGGUUUCUAUGAGUCUCCGGUCGCAUUUUUGUCAAGUGUUUGAUACAUGGCCUUGUUUUGUGUGUGUGUUAAGAUACCGUGUUUAUUAUAUGUACUGCUGAUUUGUUAGCAUUGACCUCACCCCCAACAGCAGGUUAACUCACACCUGAGCAAAGCUUAUCUAACACGUGUUGUCUCUGAAAGGCACGUUGCAGCCUCCUGGAGCUUAGGGACACCCUCCAGCACUAAGCUCAGGACCUUUUAUAAACAAUGCCAAGGAAAAGCAUAAAAAUGUGGAAAAUAGACUGCAAAAAGACUCGUUUACAGCCUGUGUGCACCUCCGCUGUGGACAUGCGCCUCCUGGGACUCGAAGUUCUCCCUGCUCCGUGCCUGUCUUCCAGUGACCACAAAAGCACCAGGAGUAUGUGGAUUUGCAAAUCUGGAAUCUGCCAAUAAUGAGGGUUGACUGUGAGAAAUUAACUGCCCCAGGCUCACGUUCUGUCACCUGUGUGCUUCCCCUUUCUGCUCUCCCCCACAUCGCUGUGGCAGCAGGGUGGCCCGGGCUCUGCCGCUGUCAGGAAUGUCCCCAGACCUCUGUGGCUCAGAAAGGCGAAGGCUUUUUUCUCAUCCACACCACAUCCCCGCGGCGGUGAUGCAGCGGACUCUGCCGGGUGUAGUUGUGCAGAAAUCCACCUGGAGGGGCGGCCCCUAUCCGCCCUGACGGUGGGGACAGAUAGGCUCAGGGAGUCUUGCAUUGUUAGUUAAAUACCCUGGCCAGGAAGUACCUUCCUCAAGUUCUGCUCACAGCUCAUUGGCCGGAACAGGUCCCAUGGGACCUGAAGGAACCACCCAACGUGGCCCCUGUGUCUAGCAACACUGCCCCAGGGGUCUCAUGUCGGGGGACUGCCCUGCACAAGGUUCUGAAGGAAGAGGGUUCCCUGCUCUGUGGUCUGAGAGGCAAAAUUCUACUCUGGGGGUCUGAUGGGGGGAGACUAGCCUUGUUUUAGGGUCUGAAGGGGGAGACAAGCCCCAGCUCUGGUUUGAGGAAGGAGAGGCAAA